GAAAGGAGAAGGAGGGAGAGAAAGCAAGAGAGGGAGGGAGAUGGCAAGAGAGUGUAUAACUUUGGGAAACACAGGAAGAGGCAGCACAAACUUUUCUCUCUUGGUCGUGCUCUUCUGGACAUUUUUUUUUUUCCUCCCCCCCUUACAUUUCUGACAGAGCGGAGACAAGGGAUAAUCAUUUGUUUGCCUUCCUCGUUAAACACUCGUUUUCUCUGUUUUUGUGAUCUGCAGAGAUUAUUUUGUUUUGGUGCUCUCUGCAUUUUUAUCUGAUUUGUUGCUCAACUGCCCGGGCUUUGAAGAAGACGUGACUGUGCAUCUGAAAUCCUUCCAAACUUAGGCGUAGCUCUCGCCAGGUCAUGGGAGUGUGAGGCUAGACUGAAACACACACACAUACACACACUCACACACACACACACACACACACACACACAUAUAUAUAUAUACACACGUACAUACACACAAAUACACACUCACCUGUUGUUGCCGAGGAUUCCCCUGCAGCGCGGUCAUGGACAUCCGCGUCACCGUUGCUUGAGGGAAUCUGUGCGUCCGUUGCGGCUGUUUUCUGGCGGCGGCCUAGGUGAAUGUUUCAGUAGAGGUUGACCUGCGUGUCCGGGUAGAGGAAGGAGAUGUCAUCCUAUUACCCACGCACCAAGGACCUGACUCGCACCAGGAAAUCACUGACAGAGUCCCCGCCGUCCUCUCCGUCCCCUACAGAGAAAAACUACAGACAUGACAGACUGUCAAGAUAUGACUCCAGUGGAGACAGUGCAGCAGACAAAUCAGCGGGCCGCACGAGCGCUUACACGCGGAGGGAGACGAGGCUGGCUGCCCUAAACAGACAGGAGCAAGACUCCGCUGUCAAAGACUAUAAGAAGAUGUAUGCAGAGGCUUUGCAUGAGAAUGAGAAACUGAAGUCCAGGUUGCAGGACAGCAAACACGAGUUAACCAAGAUACGUUCCCAGCUGGACAAAGUCACUCAGAGGCACGACAGGAUAGCAGAAAGAUCUACAGUACUUGAUUCUGAGAAAAGGGAAAAACAUGCUCUUGAGAAGAGAGUGUCGGACAUGGAAGAAGAAAUAAAGGCUUUCCCUGCUCUGGCUCAGGUCCAGGCCUUGCGGAGGGUGAACGAGCGUCUCCUGGCUGAGAACAGAGCCAUGCUGCGCGUCCUCACCCGCCUCUCUGAGACGGCCUCCAUGCCGGAGACAGAGGACCUCUGAUCCCCUGAGACCAUCUGCCCUCCUUUCCUCCCCUCCUCCCUCCCUCCCUCCUUCCUCAGCCACAUAACUUCUACACUCCUCUUUCCUUCUGGUGCCUCUACAGCCUCCUCUCAGAUCUUAACAGAGCUCAAGUCAGACAACCAGAGGCUAAAGGACGAGAACGGGGCCCUCAUUCGAGUCAUCAGCAAACUGUCCAAAUGAAAAAGACGUCUGAAGCUGCUGUUCUGCGUCUGUGGAUACUCCAACCACAACGUGGCAGUUUAAUUAUCCACAAGGUCCCAGGUUCUGACUCCUCUCUGCGACGGUGACGGGCAUUUUUCAGAAACAGACCCUGAUAAUGCCCGCUGGAACUUGCGAAGAUCCAAAGAGAAGUGUUAAUUACUUUCUGUACACUUUCACAGAAGGAGUUACUACAGUUGCCUCUCCUAGAUACGUGUUGUUUUUACAUAGAUUAUUUCACGUGUACAAAGCAGGACCAGGCGUUUCCAAAGGUCCAGUCCAAACAGAUGCCGGGUUUUGCAUGUAGAUACUGUACCUGAUAUUACACACCAACACAUUGAGACUUCACACUGCUACAUUGUGCACUGCUGCAAAAAAAAAAAAAAAGAAAAGAAAAGAAAAAGAAAAAGAAAGCGUUUUGAUAUUAUCUUUACUGACUGAGACUGUUUUGAAGAGAGGCGUAAAACUUCUCUCAUUAGUUUUUACAUUAGCUUAGUAAGAGCAACUCAUUUCACGUCUAAGUAUGAACAUUUUUCUCUCCGUGGUGAAGAAAUUGAAGCUUAAUUAGACGCAUGUUUUGGGUUUCUCAGGUUUGUUAUUCAGCUGUUCCUGUGGCCACUACUCAGUGCCUCUUAAAUUUGGAUUUUAUAGCAUAACAGUAAACCCCAGUCUUCCUUUUGGAAACCCGCGGGUGUGUUUUUCUACAGUUUUCUUAUCCAACUUACGGUUCAGUGUAUUUUGGCCCAAGGAUACAUAGUGAAUUGCACAAAACAAGCCUUUGGUAAACCCACAGUUCCAACUGGAUAAAGGUUUCCGUCCAAUUUGUAGCAUUUUGCAUAUUACUUUGUGGUAGGAUUUGAGAAAUAUGUGUGUUUUUAUUUUAUUUUGUAUUGCCUUGCAAGUGAUAGUGGCCUUACUAUAUACGGUAUUUUAAAUAGACAGUACAUUAAGUCUGAACAGUAGAGUACUGGAUUGAAGCACCUUGUAGAAUGCGUCACAUUCAGAGGAGUACAGUCUCCAUGAGAACAUGAUUUAGUUUUACCACAUUGCCACGUCUUGGUGUGUUUUCAGUUGUCUUGCUUCUUUUUCCUUUUGUCCGUGUGUCCUUCUGUUUUUUAUUUUUUUUAUUUUUUUUAAUUCAGUAGCUUAUCUUCAAAACAUCAGAACAGAGGAAAAACCCGGAGUCUGUGCAAAUGAAAAUGUCCUUAUGUUUUGUCAUAGAGAUAUAUUUAUUUAUUUAUGGAUUUAUUAGAUUUCCUCUUCAUUCUUGGUUUACUCUGUUUUGUUUUUAGGAAUACAGCGAGUGCUCGUAGUUGAUUUGUCGGCCGUCUCUUUGUGUCAGGUGAUGAAAAUGCAACUACCAAAAUCACUGAGUCAUCCCUCUCUCUAAAGCCUUUGUGUGGCCUUCAAUGCACAAUUCAAAGGACGAGUCUAGAGUGCUACUGCUUUAGUUUGAGUUACUUUGUACUUUGUCUCCACAACGUAAGUUUUAGCCCACUUAAUCUAUUCAGUGAAUUAUUACACGGUAAAAUCCAGCUAAAUCAGCUCCAAUGUUUGGAUGUUUCACGCAAAGUUAAUUCGUCAGUAAUAAUAAUCCACUAGUUCUGAAUGUAUUAUCUUUACUUGUAAUCAAGUAUUUUUAAAUUGUGACAUUGUUACUUUUACUUAAAGAUCUGAGUACAUAAUCCAAAGUAUUACGCCGCAGCCAGCACUUUUCAUUAUGUGGCGACUACUCAUAUUCUAAUUUAGAUGCAAUUUAAUAAAUUCACUUACAGGGUUGCCAGUUUAUUGCAGCAUCUAAUCUAAUACUAGAGCACCGUAAUAAAUCAGAGCUUUAUUAAGAUAAUAGUGUAUUGCUUGUCGGUUAUGCGGUUGCCGCGGUGACUGGGGCUGGGACCCACGAAAUAUCAGAAACCUUCAAAAUCCCUCAGUUACACAAGAGACGGUAAAACUGUGAAAGAGCACGCUGUUCGCGAUAGUCCCUCAUCAGCCAGAAGCUUUAUCAUAUUUUAUGAAUGGAACUGUUGAAAAAAAAAAAGUGAAUUUGCAUUAAAAUCCCUUUGGAGUCUCUGGACGGAGUGUGACGUAGCUAUGAAGGGUUUUGGUAUCUGUCUUCUCUUCGCCUGAUUGGCGAGUUGACCAAAGUCCUCAGUGUUUCAUGUAUUCCUUGAACAAUGUGACGGUUUUGGAGUCCAACCAGGGCAGCGUGCUGCGACACUGGUUUUACGUUUGGCCACAUCCAGUCACGGAUUUACUCAGACCUACGAAUGGGCUACGACACGUGUAGCUGCUGCAGACAUAUUGACGUACGCGGAAUGUUUUUUUCUGAACAGUUUGAAAUGUGUUGAAUGAUAACUUAUAAUUGAUAUGCACACGUUGGUUCACUCACUUGGCUUAUUAAAGUGCAAAAGGAUGAA